AUAUUUGAUCAUAAUCAUCCAUAUAACAAAAAGAAAAAACAUAACUGACAAACCUAAACUCGUCACCCGCCGUCCCUAAACUCUUGUCAGCCACCGCCACCAUAGCAGAUAAACCUUACAUUUUCUCCAUCUAACACAACUAAAUAAUACUCACAAAUUUCACUCAAAAAGACACCAUAUGUAUGAUUUCUAUCACCAACGCGGUUAUCUUUUUACUCUCCGGUGUCCAUGGAUAACUCGAUGAUUUCUCUACUCAAUUUCAGAUCGGUGUAAUCUUCAUUGAAGCUACCCAGAACCGAAAUGUUGACCUUGACCUUCUCCAAGUUCAAGAAAGCAUUCACUCCGAUCCCACCUUGUUCCUGCGGCGGCUUCCGCCGACCCCCCAACAAUUCUCCCCGAUCAUUUUCCGCUGCUUCCGACUUACUAGGUCUUCGUUUCUGCAUCUGGGUUGCACUCAAAUUCGACACUUUCACCGAUGAACCCUAUUAUUUGGUUAGUGAUUUUCUUGCCCGUAACAAUUUGCAUUCUAUUUACUGGGAAGCUCUUGAGCUUCUUAAUAAAAAAGGGAUUUUGUUAACUUCAGAUUCUGUUAGAGCUUUGGUUAGGUCUUAUUCUCAUUUGGGUCAGACCAAUAAAGCUAUAGAAACUUUCGGUAGAAUGCGCGAAUUGGGUAUUGUUCCUGAUGCUCAUAUAUAUAACACAAUUUUGAGAGAUGUGUUGAGGAAACAGUUAUUUGAGCUUGCUUUUGCAUUGUAUAAUACUAUGGUUAAAUGCAAUGUUGUUCUUAAUGAUUAUACUUAUAAUAUGUUGAUUGAUGGGUUUUGUAAAAGUGGUAAUGUUAAGGGUGCACUUGAGAUGGUUGAUGAAAUGCAAAAGGUUAAUCUUGUUCCUGAUGCUUUAUCGAAUACCUCUGUUCUUUAUGGUUUAUGCCAGGCGAAAAAUAUGGAUGAGGCACAUAAGUGGUUUAAUACGAUGAAAGAAAAUGGGUACCCGCCGGAUGUUGUUUCUUGUAAUGUUUUGCUUAAUGGGUAUUGUCAGCUGGGGAGGUUAGAUGAAGCAGUUUCUUUUGUACGGUCCAUGAAGAUAGAUGGUUUCUCGCUUAAUCAAAAUGGCUAUUGUUCUCUUAUUAAUGCAUUUUUUAGAGCCACGAGAUAUAGUGAAGCACACGCGUGGUAUACAAGGAUGUUUAAGGAGGGCAUUGUGCCUGAUGCUGUUACGUACGCCAUUAUGAUACGUGGUCUGUCGGAUGAGGGCAGGGUUGGUGAAGCUAUUAGGAUGUUAGAUGAGAUGACUCAGAUAGGUUUAACUCCUGAUGCUCAUUGCUACAAUGCAAUAAUUAAAGGUUUAUGUGAUGUAGGUCUUUUGAAUCGAGCGCAAUCUCUUCGUCUUGAGAUUUCUAAGGAAAAUGUUUGUACGCACACGAUUAUCAUAUGUGAAAUGUGUAAGAGAGGAAUGAUUGAUGAAGCACAAGAAUUAUUUCAUCGGAUCGAGAAGCUUGGAUUCGUUCCUUCAGUUGUGACCUUCAAUGCGCUUAUAAAUGGACUGUGCAAAGCCCAUAAACUUGAGGAGGCAAUCCUUUUGUGUUACAAUAUGGAGAUGAGGAGAACAUAUUGGUUAUUUUUAAGGGGUCCCGAUCUCCAGAAAAAGGUGCAGCAAAUGUGUGAAGACGGGCAAUUUUUGAAUGCUUACGAGUUUCUCACUCUUACCAAUAGUAGGGUUAAGCCUGACAUUAUUACAUACAACAUUCUAAUCAAUGCCUGUUGUAGGGCUAGUGAGAUUCAACGCGCUCGCCACCUUUUUAAGGAACUGCAAAAGAAUGGUCUCUCACCCGAUUGUGUUACUUAUGGGACACUUAUUAAAGGAGUUGAAAGCGAAGAGGAAGCCUUUAACAUUUUUAAUCGUAUGCAGGAAGAUGGCUGUGAACCUACCCUUUCAGUUUAUAGAACACUUAUGACUCGGUUGUGUAAAAAGAGCAAGGUCUCGCUGGCAUUUAAUCUUUAUUUCAAAUAUCUGAAGAGCCUCCCAAGUCGGGACAAUGAUUCAAUCCGUGCUCUAGAGGAAUAUUUAGUCGGAGAAAAAUUGGAACAAGUGAUUCGUGGUUUACUUGAACUGGACUUUAGGGCCAGAGAUUUUAAUUUAGCUCCAUACACAAUUCUACUUAUUGGAUUCUGUCACGUAGAAAAAGUAGACGAAGCAUUAAUUAUAUUCUCAGUUCUUGACGAGUUCAAUAUCAAAAUCAACGCUACAAGUUGCGUACAUUUGAUCAAAGGUCUUUGUAAGAAAAGUAGGCUAUAUGAAGCAAGAAAAAUAUUUCUCUACAGUCUUGACAAAGGUUUUAUGUUGAGGCCAAAAAUUUGUAACCACCUCCUCAAGCAUCUUGAUUCCAAAGAUUAUAAGGAUUGGGUAGUUGAUCUUAUUGGUAGGAUGACAUCUUUUGGAUACCAUAUACCCCAAUACCAAAAAAGAAAGCAAAGAACAAAUGUUCUCUGAAGGAUUAAAUUACACUGAUUCAGAUGAACGGAUUUCCUUAUGUGGCUCUUCAGGGAAUAUCCCCAGUUAGGAAACAAGAGACUCACUACACUUUGUGAUGAACCAAAGGGCUGACGUUGAAAGGGCAAAUUUUUGUGCUCGUUCCGCAUGAUUGUCAUCACAUCCUGUAGACCAUUCAUUUGAGGUGUUUUAGUGGUGUUUCGGUUUGUUGUAUGCUUCAGUAUAUUUCUUUGUUUACACCUCAGAGACUCAAGCAAAUAUCGGUAAAGAAGGUGAGGGCAUCAGUUGUGAUAUCUCAUAAUAUAAACUAUUAGCUGAAUACCAUAAAGAUGGAUAGAAAAGACAGACAUAUAUGGAGGCACAAAUAUACACACCGAUAUUAAACGCAUUCUGGGGGCAUACAGAAAUGUCUAGCAACUGCAUCCAUGUUUAGUGUCUUGAUAUCUUUUCAGUGGCCACACUUUCUACUUGGGUCAUAUGCUGCAUGGUCAUCUCCUCGACAAACCCAUAGAAGUCUCCAAUCCCUCCAUUCUGGCAUCAUAAUGACACACACUGACCCUCCCUCGAAAGUUCAGACCAUUUGAUAGAUCCUCUCAGAUUGAAUUAAAGGAAAAGAAAGGAAAAAAGAUUGAGAAACCUAGAAAGAAUCAGAAUAUAUUGCUCUGCCAAGAGAAAUGCUCCUUUAUCAAUCUCAUAUACAACAAUCUUGAUAUGUUCCCUCCCCGAACUACAAUAACUGAGACUUAAACUGGUAUAUCCAGUUACUCAGAACUCUCCUCAAGAAAAGAAACUACCGACUCUCCUUUCAACGUCAUUCUAAAAAUGAUUGACAGUUUUGCUUAGAUCAACUCAUAUUGACAAUUUUAUAAUAUAUAAUGUAUUGUAAUUCUUGUAUGUUAUUCCAAUGGAUGGAGCUGAAUUUUUUUUGCUCACACAACACACUUCAGUGGGAAGAUUUCUCUAAAUUAUACCCAAGUAAUGAAAAUCUGCAUUAGGUGGUUUUAGGCCUUUCAAGCUGGAAAAUUUUAUUGUUUUUCCUUGCUAUUGGUUGUUGUCUUCUUUCUUAACAAGAUCUUCAAAUUUAAUAUGA